UUCGCCUAGAGCUCUGCAAUGCGCUCUGCAUUGCUUUGUGAACACUAAUGAUGUUCUUUCGUUGCGUCUAUAAUUUCAGAAAUGAAAAAUACAGCCGAGGCAAAGGCGCAAUGCAAUGUGCCAGGCACCGUGUCCGAGGCCUCAGUGUCAGAUGAAACCGUGGAAGCUUGCACAUCUAGUCUCUCCUCAGUACAAUAUGAGAAGACUGUCCCAGUAGGUGCCUCCAUAGAAAAUGAAUCGGCCUGCAUGCCUGUGCAAGAAUCACAGCCUGGCUGCUCUAAAGACUCCGCACCGUGGCCCCAUGUGGAAGAGCCCCCACUUGACAGCCCAGUGGUUGCCAUGGAGAAAGAUAAUUUGCUAGUUCAUAAGGAAGACAUCUCAAAUAUCUAG